AUGGCUGAUCUUGAACUGCUUUACUUUGAUCAACUGGGCUGCCGACCCGAUCCGCAUAACACCUCCCUGCUCUCAAAUAACCAAAGUAUCAACGAGAGCAGCUGCCGCUCCGGCGGAAAGUCACUUUGCAGCGCCGGGGAGGAUUCAGCACCAUGGACAGAGCCUCGGGCAGCCCGGGGACCGGAGGAGGAGACGGAAACAUCUUUCACAUGCAAACACCGAGGGGAUGUUGAUGGUGAUGGUGAUGAUGAUGAUGAUGAUGAUGUCCAGUUAAUUCAGGCGAGUCCACAUCGGCCAACUGGGAGCGAAAACUGGUGCUUGACUCGCAGCUCCUCCAGCGAACUGUGCGAGGAGGAGGAGGAGGAGGAGAUGGAGGGGGAGGACGAGGACAUCCCGGAACUUUACAUGCUGUCCGACGACGACCUCGGCUCUGACGGGUCGGGCAAGUCGGUGGAUUACGGCUUCAUAAUCGCCGUCACUUGCCUGGUGACCGGCAUUUCGUUGGUUGCCAUUUCCUACACGGUCCCGAGGGACGUGAGGGUGGACCCGGACAGCGUGUCGGCCCGGGAGAUGGAGAGGCUGGAGAGGGAGAAGGCGAGGGUGGGGGCCCAUUUGGACCGGUGUGUUAUAGCGGGACUGUGCCUCCUCACCCUCGGGGGCGUGUUGCUCUCCACCCUGCUCAUGAUCUCCAUGUGGAAAGGGGAGAUGAUCAGGAGAAGAGCCUUUGCCUAUUCCAAACACGCAGCAAAGUUAUAUGGCUCAAUCAAUUUAAGAGCCGGCUGCAGCCCGACUCGGGAAUCCUCCUCACAUUUGUCAGUAGCUGAUGAGGAUUUAGAAGUGCUCAGUUGA